AUGGUAGCUUGGGCAGCUUUAGGCGCAAUGGGAACAAAAGCAUUAGCAUUUGGAGCAAAAGCACUUGGAGCUUAUGACGCAGUAAAUAAAAUGAGUGGAGGAAGGGUUUCGAAGACAUUAGAUGCAAAUAAAGGGAAGAUUGGAGGCUGGGUUGCAAAGAAGUUAAGAUUAAAUAAAAUAGGGCUCAUAAAUAAAGCAUCCAAUUUGGUUGCGACUGAGUCAGAAAAUGCUUUAGGAAAGGACGAUGAGUUUGCAAAACACGCAAAAGACUUUAAUGACCAGAUGAAAGGUGAAACAAUGCAUUUAAAUAGAGUCGAUGGAACUAAAGAA